AUGUUUCUAAUCUAUUCUGACAGUCCCAAAAAAACUGCUCCAAGAUAUUUUGUCGGAUCAAGCUUUGUCGCUUCGACGCGCCGUCAACUGCAGCGACAUCCAAACGAGCAAUCCUCUUAUUCACGAACAAUGUGUCUGGAGUUGGAAUUCUAUAGCCCACUCCGUCAAACUGGUUCGUUGGCUGAUCUCGCCGGCUGUGAUCUGCACAUUUGUAAGGACUGA